UUAUCGAUAUGUGCGACACAAACGACUGACCAAAAACGAAAAAAUAAUAAUAUGAGAAAUAAUUUGUCGCCAAAUUAAAAUACCUGCUUGCCGUGCAUUGUUAAAACUGGCAAUAAUAUAUUAAUCGGCUUGAUGAUCCGAUGCCACGACUGAAGCCAACGCCAACAACGCUUAGAAGGAUGUGCGCAGCGCUCGCACUUGCUGCGAUUUACUGCUGGUCGAUAUAAGCAAGACGGGGCUGCCGCUGCUGCUCUAACCCAAGAGGCCCUUUGGCCCUGUGUGAACACAAUAACAAAGUUGAGGAUCUCAAGCCCAUAUGCUGGUUGAGCAAAAGCACGGAGCAGAAGCCAAGCGCAUAAAGAACAAUUGAGUGUGUCAGGAGAGGUGGAGUGGAGCAUUAACAGGCGAUGGCCGCCGCGUCACAAGAUGCGCUGCAAACCGCCUUUGUGGACUUUAAUGAAAUAGCAUUGGGAGAGAAAGUGGGCCAUGGCUCCUACGGCGUGGUAUGCAAGGCAAUGUGGCGCAAUCAGCUGGUGGCCGUCAAGGAGUUCUUUGCCAGCGCCGAGCAAAAGGACAUCGAAAAGGAGGUCAAGCAGCUGUCGCGCGUUAAGCAUGUGAACAUUAUUGCGCUCUAUGGCAUUUCAUAUCAUCAGGCUACAUAUUUGAUAAUGGAAUAUGCCGAAGGUGGCUCGCUGCAUAAUUUCUUGCACGGCAAAGUGAAGCCGGCUUAUAGUCUGGCGCAUGCCAUGAGCUGGGCACGCCAAUGUGCCGAGGGUGUUGCCUACCUGCAUGGCAUGUCGCCCAAGCCAUUGAUACAUCGCGAUCUAAAGCCGCUAAACUUGCUGCUGACCAACAAGGGCAGAAACCUGAAGAUAUGUGAUUUCGGUACAGUAGCAGACAAGUCUACAAUGAUGACCAAUAAUCGCGGCAGUGCUGCCUGGAUGGCGCCAGAGGUCUUUGAAGGCUCCAAGUACACAGAGAAAUGCGACAUCUUUAGCUGGGCCAUAGUGCUCUGGGAGGUGCUGUCGCGCAAGCAGCCAUUCAAGGAUAUAGACAAUGCCUACACUAUACAGUGGAAGAUAUACAAAGGCGAGCGACCUCCACUGCUGGACAAUUGCCCCAAGCAUAUUGAAGAGCUAAUGACUGCCUGCUGGAAAACAGCGCCAGAGGAUCGACCAUCAAUGCAGUAUAUAGUGAGCGUGAUGAAUGAGAUUAUCAAGGACUAUGUAGGCGCCGAUAAGGCGCUGGAAUAUGCUUUCGUCAAUCAACAGAUUGUAUCUAAGGAAAGCGAUGGCACUGUGGCCGCAACUUAUGAUAGUUUAAGUGUCAGCUCAAGCGACAUGAGCUUGGCAUCCACACAGCUAACGCCCACCAAUGUGCAGCAGCAGCUUGGCGGCGCAACUGCUGGCACUGCCAUAGCCAAUGCUGAGACUGGUUCAAUAACAACAACAACAAGUAACAACGAAAAUACCUCAUCAAUUGAUCGAACGCCCACAAAUUCGGGCAGUUGCCAACUUGACAAUAACGGACUGUUCCAUAUGAGCAGCAGCAAUCGCUGGGACGCCAUACCCGAGGAGGAUGCCAGCGAGUGCCAGCAUCAGAACAACGAUAGCUUCAAUCUAACAUCAUCCGCGGAGGCCUCCAAGCGUUUGGAGACAAUACGCAAUGGCAUGAUACAAAUGGCCAGCAGACCAUUGCCGCAGUUAACUUUGGAUGUUGAGGCGAAUGGCUUCGAUUUAAGUCGCAGCGAGAGCAGCAGCAGCAGCAGCACCUAUGCCAAAAGCGAUGGACGCGAGCGUUUGACAGUUACGGACACCAAGCCCGUCAUCAUUGCCGCCAGCAACACAGAUCUGGCCAAUAACAAUUGCAGCAUUAGCCAUUCGCACAGAGCCAACAACAAUGAAAGCCAAUCCAAUGGAUUGCUUAGUCAAGCGCCAGCAGCAGCAGCAGCAGCAGUGGACGCUGCUGCUGCCAACGUGGCGGAUGCGGAUGAAAACGACGGCACUGAGCAGUCGCUAGCGGAGAUUUUGGAUCCCGAGCUGCAGCCAUUGCCGCCCAUUGCCAACAAUCCAGAGUCGCAGGCCAUUUAUCGCGAUCAUCGCCACAUGGCCAAGGAAUUCCUGCGGGUCGAUACCAAUCUCUACUAUGCGCAGGACUUCAAGGAGAAGCUCAUACUCCAAAUGGAUCGCAGCGAGCGUGAACAGAAGCAGGAACGUCUGCGAAAAAUUAAAGACAAGGAGGAUUUGCAAACCUUGUACAAUGAUCUGCAGCAGCAGUGGGAGAAGCUGCCAGCGUCGCGUCAGUCGAACAAUCCGACCGCGCGUCAAGCGCCCAGCUUGAGCAGCCAGCAGAGCAGCGGCAGCGGUCAGGAGACUGCAGCGGCGGGCGGCGGUGCGGAUAAUGUGGAAAACGAUGGCUGGGUGGUUAUAGCGUAGCCGCGAGUGAAUUUGUUUAUAACCUUUAGCUGUGUACCACUCCAACUGUAACCGUAACUUUAACAUUAUAACUAUAACUGUAACUCAAACUUAAAGCUAAAAAAAAAAGAAAAAAAAAAAAACAAAAAACACUUAACUAUAA